UGCGCCUGCAAUCACUUGACAAACUUCGCCAUUUUGAUGCAAGUCAAAACAUUUGAAGUAAGCUUGAAAAAUAUUUUUUUGUUUUACUUCUGCAAAAAACGACGAUGACCGAAAAUAUCCAGGCGCGUGUGUUUAUAGAUGGAUGCGGGAAAAGUAACUUCUCGUACUAUGCUAAUUUAGUUGGCCUAUUUUUGCUUUGUUUUCUUUGCAUAGGUGAGCUUCCAACAUUUUUCUUUUUAAUUUCCAGAUUUCAAAGGAACAUUAUAAGGCUUUGACGGUUAUAACAUAUGUUGGGUGUGGAAUAUCGCUGUUUGGACUUGCUCUUACAUUGGCCACCUUCUUGUCACUCGAGUAAGCUCUUUCAGACUUGGAUGCGAGUAAAACGGCGGCAAAUUUCGUUUUAAUAAUAGAUAAAAAGAUAAUAGACCAUUUUUCAGUUGUGGGCUUAAAGCCACAGUCUUCGAGUGAAUGUGAGACUGGGAUUGACUUUGUUUUGAUUUAAACCUCCAUUGUUUUCUUAUGGAAAUUUUGCUUGAACUAUACGAGUUGGCAUAAAAACAACUUCAUUUGCAUAAGAAAGCAGGAAGGGUUGCAUCAAAACAAGCUGAACUCCAGCCUCGUUUCCAUCUCUAACUAGGCUAUUAUUCUCUUGAACACUUUUUAACACACUAACUCUAGGCAUACUACCUGACGGGAUACCACCAGAGCAGGGGGGGAGGGGGUUUGGGGGCAGAAUACUCCAAUAGCGCCCAGUGCACCAGACUCCGGUAUAACCACGAACCUCGCAACUAAAAUUUCAGGAUUAAUUUAGGUUCCUGGGAAACUGCCCACCUACCCCUUCCCUAAGCUAACAUUAACACUUACUUCUUACUUUGGGCAAAAUGAUGGCUUAGGGGAGGGGUAGGUGGGCAGUUUACCGGAAACCUAAAUUGAUCCAGAUUUGAAGUAGUGGAGUCGCUGAACUACCGUAUUGCUUCGAAUAAUAGCAGUCCCUCGAUUAAUCGCCUUCCUCGAAUAAUCGCCUUCUUUAGACGGAAAUAUUUAAAAUAAUCACUUCCCUCGAAUAAUAGCCCCCCCCCCCCGCCACCACCACUUUUGCCUUUUUUGUCUUUCGUUUAUCCACUCCCUGCCAAGUCAAAGUAGAGUCCGAUCCAUCAACACUGAUCAGUGACAAUUCAAUCUCUGACGCCAAGGUUCUUGACAUUCACAUAUGUGAUCGUUUUUUGGUUUUAAUGGGAAAAUAAAACAAAAUAUUUAAGGCACUACUUCCAGUGAGCAAUAUUUGAAAUAACUGCAUUCCUCAAAUAUUCGCCCUCCCUUGAAUAAUCGCACCCGGCUAUUAUUCGAGGAAAUACGGUACUCUACUUUUAGGAGUAUCAUUAUUGUGUUACUAAAACAGUUUCAAAACUCUUGCCUCUCUUAAUUUACUUGCUUUGGAAACAUAAGCAGUCAUGUUUAAGACCCCAUAUAUAAAGGCAUUUUUAUCCCCAGGACACUGGCCUCUGAACGUACCUCGAUCCACAAGAACCUUGUUGUUGCUAUUGGACUUGCGCAGAUCAUAUUUCUGGCUGGAAUAGAUGCCACCUACAAUCCUGUAAGUAUCACGAUCAUUGUUGGUAUCAAAUCCCUCCUGACCCCUCCCCUAACUCGAUAUUAACGCUUACCUAUCACUUAGGGCAAAAUUGUGACUUACCGGGGGGGGGGGGUAGAUAUACUACUGGUUUUUCUUAUUCUCUUCAAGUGGGUUCCUGGCAUCUGUUUCUUACUUCUUUGCACAUCAGUUUAACUAGGACGUUACAAUUGAAACCUACCAGAUAAUUUCUUUUUUCCUGAUGGAACAAGUGGUGCGUUCUAUUCUCUUCCCGCGUUUUUUAUCCUUAGUCUUUGCUUUGCUUAACCAUUUCAAUUUCCUAUUUUUUCUUUUCUUUCCUUUUCUUAUUUACGCUUUUCUGUUCUUUUGUAUUUCAUUUUUACCGCCAUUCUUCGCCUCUUUUCGCAUGUCUUAAAUUUGUUUGUUCGUUUCUUCCAGCUUCUAUUUGUCGGUUUUUUUUAUUUCCAUUCUCUGUUCCUCCCUCUUCCUCUGUCGACCUCAUCAUACGUCCAAACAUCUUUUUCUAUUGUUUAUGUUGGUACAGAUAAUGUCCGUCAGGUGCGAUUACGUUUCUAAUUCCUGAAUUAGCAUGAUUUUUGUUUGCAGAUCGCUUGUAAAGCUGUAGCCUUGUUCCUGCAUUACUUAUACACAGCGGCGUUCACCUGGAUGUUAUGUGAAGGAAUUCAUCUUUACAGCAAGAUAGUGGAAGUGUUCAGUGAGGGCUCUAAGAUGAAAUAUUACUACGCCCUAGGGUGGGGUAAGUAACAGUUGUGGAAAAUUACUAUCUUUAAGGUGUCCCAUUACAGUCAAACUUCCAUGUGCUACCACCUCCCAUAAUCGACCACUUAUCCAAAAUACCAAAAUUUUUCCAGUCAAAACCUUUCAGUUGGAACCUCUCGUAAAACGACCACCUCCCGACCACUUUUUGUGGGCUGGCGAUUUUAUAAUUUUCUGUGGUUCUAGUUUCUUGUAAGCGACCACUUGAUGCAUGGUCUCUUCUGUUCCCGGCGAGAGAAGCAUGAAUAGACCAUGGUCGGCCAUUGUUUUACCAUGGCUGAACACGGUUUCCAACCAUGGUCUACCAUGGUUUGGCAGUGAUAUAACCAUGGUUUGACCAUAGUCAACCAUGAACUUUAAAUUACAGUAAGGAUGACCAUGGUCAAACAUGGUCAAACUGCCCAUUGUUCGCUGUAUGUAUUAUGCUACUCAUAGUAUAAAAAGAACUUUUAGUGACAACAUGGAACUACACAAAUCGUAACUUAGAAAUUGUACGCAAAGAUGAUUAUCCAUAAUUUUGAUGAGUCCGGAGACUCCGGGCCUCCAAAUACAGACUGUGGUUAGAUUAUAUUGGACAACAAGUGAACAAAUCGAGGGACUCGUAUCUGGGAUCCCCGCAGAUUUUUGUGGGGCGAUUUACGUCAUCACCAAUUUGCCAAGGAGAGAGAGAGAGAGAGCCUGGGAAGAUAACUUUUUCUGAAUCAUAUUAUUUAUUAUUAUUUCCCAGGUUUACCAUUGACAAUUGUUUUUAUCUCUGCCUGCUCUCGUUGGAGUGGCUACGGUAAUGAGCGCGCGUAAGUAUUGGAAUUUAAACACUGAAUAAUUAGCAUUAGAAUCACCACAAUUAAAUUAUCAGAAGGCUAAAUGUUUUCGAUUCAGUAUGUUAAGAACUUGAGAUCAGACUUUUUAUUUCGUUGUCUUCAAAACUCUCCACUAUGUCUAAGUGUGGCAUGUUUACAUUUCAGUUGUUGGAUAUCAAUCCGAGGUGGCCUUAUAUGGGCCUUCGUUGCUCCUGUUCUCAUCAUUAUGACUGUAAGUUCACAUGUAGACAUUUUUUUACAUUACUUUUUUUUAAAUAAACCGUGGUAAUUCUCGUAGACAGUACAGUCCCUGAUAAUCUGCUUCAGUUUUUCUUACCUUGACUUUCACUAGAAGACAAUUUCGAUCAGUUUUGAGUUAUGUGCCUUUAACCACUUAACAAUAGGCGGUUAGUAGUAGUUUCUAGUAUACUUUUGGGACGAGUUAGACCCUCCCUACUAGCAGAGGGCCUUUUUUCCUUAAUUUGUAUUCUUACUUCAGAAACUCUAGGAAGAAUGGGUACAAGCUUUGCUUGCAGUGAUUUCUGAGAUCGUUUGUGUGGACAAGCGUUAGUUAUGAUUGGUCGAUUGUAUUCAAGCUAACCAUCAACCAAUCACAAGUAACGAUUGUCCACCCGAGCGAUCCCAGAAAUCUUUGCGCCGAAAGCUUGUACCCAUUCCCCUUAUCGUUUCUGAGGGUGGGAGGACUGAGUUUUGUACAUUUUCUUAUCAGAUUAACUUUGUUGUCAUGAUCAUGGUAAUCAAGGUGAUCAUAGCAUCGGUGACGUCACUGCAGAAUCCGGGCAACACUUCCCAAGUCAGGUGAGGACAAAUGAAAAUUGAUUGGUUGGGAAAAACGGGUAACGCGCUUCUUAGGAAGCAAGGAAAACGGAUUUCAUUUGUUUGUGUAAGCAUUAGAGAUCCAGGAAUAUCAAAAAGUAUGUAAAGUAUGUAAAGUAUGUAACGGAUCAUUGUUUUUAUAGCUUGGUAUAUAUUGCGUUAGUUUUAAUUUUUCCCUUUUUUAUCAUUAUGAAUGAAAUGGUUUAAUAGUCGCUUUAGUUUAAAUUUUUUCCUAUUUUAAGCAUUAAGUAUAAUAGGAUAUGGUUGUAAAUUUGUAAAUAUUUUUCAAUAAUGUUGUUUACAUGUCUCUAAAGCGCCUUGAACAUAGGAUAAGAGCGCUGUAGAAAUAAAGUUAUUAUUAUUAUUAUUAUUAUUAUUAUUCUCUCUAUUAUCACAGUCUUUGCUGGUGUUCUUUUUGCGCAUCAGCCGGGCGCAAACCAUGCACCUAGAGCGUCAGUCACUCAAGUCAAUCAUUCUGUUCAUACACUGAGCACCUUUCUAAGGAUUCGUGCAGAUCCCAGCAUGCAGAUCUUUUGAAUCUCUGUCAUACUAGCUCUCUCUGAUACUUUCUUGAUGUUUUCUACCAUACCCUUCUUCACUGUACCAAGCGCACCAACAACUACAGGGAUCACUACGGUUUUCAUAUGCCACAUUCUCUGUAUUUCUAGUUCUAGGUCUUUGUACUUGCAUUUUUUUUCAGUUUCCUUCAGUGUGAUAUUUCUAUCUGAUGGAACAGUCAUAUCAAUAAGUUUGCAGGUGGAAUUCACUGAAUCUUUAACGAUGAUAUCUGGUCUGUUCGCUGUUAUAGUUCUAUUAUUAUUAUUAUUAUUAUUAUUAUUAUUAUUAUUAUUAUUAUUAUUAUUAUUAUUAUUAUUAUUAUUAUUAUUAUUAUUAUUAUUAUACGUUUUUCUUUUUACCAUCAUGCACUUGAGGGUGGUUAUUCUCAACACAUCAUUCUCCUUCUAGGGGUUUUCUCAGUUGAAGAACAUCACUAUGCCUUGAGCAUUUGUCCACGGCACAGGGCUGAUUUCGGCAUCCGCUGGAGGGCAGGGAAGACCAUGUGUACAAUACCCAAAGAAUUAGCGGUACAUAAAUCUACAACUGCUAAAGGGAGCCACCGAGUGGAUAGCUUGAAGUCGGCGUUUAUUUUCAAAAACACGAACACACUUAUUCCAGUUGGAUCACGUAAGUUGCAGACUUUUCUGCGAAGAUUGGUUAGAUGAUGGUGAUUUUUUACGGUUAAGAAUCACAUACAAGGUGGCACACAAGGCGAGGAGUUUGCUAGCACUCUAUUAAAGAAACAGUAAGAAAUUUCCACGAGACAGCGACAAGAGAGGAGAGAGCGUGCAAGGAGAGGGAAAGGCGCUUUUAAGAUGUAUUAAUUAUCACGUGUCCCUUGUUUGUAUUUUUGCCUUGGGGGUGCGGGUAAUCCUAGUACACCUUGCGGUCCUCAUUCAAAAUUAUUGGUCUUGCGGGCAGGAAAUUGUCUUCUUUCUAGGUAUGUUUUUAAUGCAUUUGUUUAUACAGUGCAUAGACAUUAAUUUCUGUUCGUCUGUUCAUUUUAUUUUGCUUUUGUUUUUCCAUUUAAAGCAAUUUGUAAACAAUGCAACGAGUAUAUCAGCAAAGAGGCCAUGCCCAACCAAACUCCAGUGUUUGCUUCAGGUGGGGUGGAGCCCGUCCCCGAGGUCUCACACCGAGUUACCUGAGCCCCAUUUGUUGGUAAGUAGUAAUAAGAAACACUAGUGUAAAUCGUUCGUUUAAGUGGCUACUUUAACGAUGGUAUGAAAUGUUUUACUUUUAAAAGAACAUUUAUCAUUCAUUCUUUCAUUUCAUUUUUAAUCCUUUUUUACUUUAGGAGAUUUCUUUUCAUUUCUUUCUUUCUUUCUUAACGGGUUUGUGUGGGUGUUGACUUAUGAAUAAAAUAAAACGAAAUAAACGUUUUAUCAUGCUUUAUAGUCAAUAUAUUUGUUUGAACUGUUUCAGGUAGAGGGGGAAACAGUCCGUUCAAGUGCAGAAACAACUAGUAGUGAGUUAUCGUCUGAUGACCUUGCAACUGAACUGAAGAGGCUGGAGAUAUCGUCAAGAGGGCGGGAUGAUGAGACGUUCCUCAGUCCGGAUACUGGAAGCCUUAUUUCUUCCACGAGUGACGAGGCCCCAACCACUAUGCAAGAACCUCGCAAAAGGUUGAACGAAUAUCUGGUUUCGAAGAACAUCCCGCCAAUAACUCGGCCCUGGAUGGAAUGGGAUAAAGCUGGAGAGAGCACUAAGAAGGAGAUACACCAAAAGGACAGUGGAGAUCUUUUCUUCAUCCUAUCAUCCUUAUUCAUCCGUCCUACAAGAUCUUACACCUAAUUAUGCAGGUUCUCUUUAGCAAGCCGUCGUCUCGUCCCCUGCCAUGAACAAAGCUUUUAAACUCGAUGAAUUAUCACAAACGUCCAAGAAUUAUCUUCAGGCCUUAGCAGAGGCAUAUGGUAAAGCUCAAGGGUGGGAGACAAGAAGGCAGAUCUUGUCUAUGAUGUCAAGCGUUGCCAGCUUCAAUGAUAUUUCAAGAUUUAUACCAGGCUUAACUAGAUAUUGAGCCAUGAGAAAAAAAAAAAGAAAAGAAGGUGCUGGGGUGUUGCGGGGGGGGAAAAUUGGUGGCGCAGCGAGCCCCAAAAGGCCCCGUCCGGGGUUUUCCGAAUAAAAAAGGGGAAAAAAACCCCCCCCCCCCCCCCCCCCCCGAGGAGUUGUGGGGGGGGUUUGGGGGCCCCGGGAAAAAAAAACCGCCUCCUCUUUUGGUUUGGGGGGGGGGGGGGGAGGGGUGUGGAUUGUUUUGUUCUCUGAAGUUACCCUAUUUGAGGACGACGGCGCAACAAUUUUGUUGCGGAUUGUAGUUUUAUAUUUUUAGCUGUGGCAUGCUUCUAAAAUCUUCAGUUUAGGUUCUGGCAACCGACAACACCAAAUGCCGAACAGUGUUGGCAACAUUUUCAUGAAAAACCAUCAGUAUUAACUUAUUGUCUGACUUCAGAGCUGGUGUCAAAGGCAUGAUCGUGCUGCUGCCACUGCUUGGAUUGACUUGGGUGUUUGGUAUCAUGGCAAUCAACAAGAAUACCAUUGCAUUUCAAUAUCUCUUCGCCAUCCUCAACUCACUCCAGGUAAGAAGGUGUAGAUUUUUUUUUCGUCGUUUGAUUUGAUAAGACUCACUUUAAGAAAAGUGGUUACCGCGUUGCAAUAUAAGAGUGUUCUGGCGUGGAAAGUGUUGUUGUUUUAAUCCAUGUUUUAAUAUAUAACGUUUUUUGGAGUUAUGUGCAAAAUAAGCCAACACAUUUCUCGACCAGGGUAAAUUUGUUUUCAUUCGAAAUUUGUUAAAAUCACAUUUCUGCUAAUAAACUUUGCGCACAAAAAAUAGUUUUUAGGGACCAAAGUGUUUUUGGGAGUUUCGAGGAACGUACGCCUGGGCCAAAUCUUGAAUAGCGCUAAUCCUGGGUGGACUGUAAUCAGAGUGUACGAGUUUUCAUGCUAUCUUAACAUGGAUUUGCGCCUACCACCAACUUGUCCGUGACGUUUUCGUUCCCAGUAUUUAACGAUCGAAAGUAUCAAAAACGCUGAUCGCAUCUUUUUAUUCUACUAUGAUCACUUUUCUACUUUUCCUAAAUAGUCUUCUUUCAGCGCGCUCUUCACUUUUCAUGUCUUAACCUGAAAAAGGAAAGAAAUACUGUGUCCAAAAAAUAUAUUUUAAUACCUGUAAUAAAAUCAAAUCUGUCCACCGCAGGGACUCUUCAUUUUUGCUUUCCACUGCAUUGGGAACACCGAGGUAUGUAUCCAUAAUAUAUGUUUUGGGAUUAAUAUGUAGGCGCGGUUUUUUCCCCUCCUAGCCCUGUUAACCCGUUGCGCGUCGUCGGUGUCUCCGAAGAAUCCCGUAUGAGUAACAAUUAGCAACAAUCAGCGUACGAACAGAGUGCAAGACGUGUAAGGUCCACCUUGAGAUAGAGACGUUAUACUGCUCAGACGAAAAAAAACUAAGAAGUCUGGAGUCGUUCGUUUACUUAAGAUAAAAACCAGCGACGUGAAGAUUGUAAGCCACGUGACCAUAUUAACGCGCCGUACAAAGGUGAUAAGUCCAGGCUGCUAUCCCUUUUCAGUUUUGGACUUAAUUCCUUGAUGAGUAGUGCCUCCUUAACUUGAGUUUUUUUUUUCUUGAGAUCCUCUCGUAGUAAUAUUCUCCUUCUUUUGACCAGGUACGACACGCCUAUAAAAGACUUCACGAGAAAAGAACCUUGGCAAAAAGUUUACCUGAGCACUCUCUGUCCACAUCACACCACAGCCGGGUAAGCAUAUUCACUUCCUCUUACGGCAGCCUUUAGAGUAAUUGUCCAGGUAAAUUUCAACAAGAUGAUGCUAUUUCAGCCUGCUUGGCAGGCGUUUGAAAGGAAAGGCGAAGCGGAUUUCGGGCGCGGGAGAAGCGCAAAAGGCACGCGAGGGGCAGGGAAUGAAAUCGGGGGCAGAACGAAAAAAGCAAUGGCUUGUCAGCAAGCGUUCCCCUUCUCUUUCUUCUCACGGGCGUUCUCGCGCGUCUUUAUUUCUCCUCUUUUAUUUCCCCUUUCCCGGUCUUCCCCUUUUCAACUGCGCAUGCCCCGAAGGCUUAUACAACUUUUACCUCUUUCUUUUGGUGUUUAUUUGCUUCUCUGGGUUUUCUCGAUUACAGGAAAAAAGACGAAUGGAUUCCCAUGAAACUCAUUUGACUGGUGAUGACGAAAUCAUUGUUACUAAGACAAUCCGUAGUGUUUCUGGUAAGUUUGUUUCUGUUGGUUGAUCAAUUCGCGUGACUUAGUCUCAUGUCUUAAUUUCUCACUACGAAGACAGGAAAUAGAACACAGUUAUCAGAAAAGUACUGUAUUAACUCUUUCAUGAUUUUGAAUCUCCGCCCGAUUUUUCUUCAUUUCUAUGUACACAAACGUAACAGUGCCAAAACAGUGAACAGUCCACUCGCCACUCAGGAAACUACAAGGGAACUGCAACCGAAAUGAGUCUCACAAUUGUUUCUGAUAUCUUUACCGGUGACGCGCCAUUCAGCUAUUGGCCAAUUUUUUCUCCUGCCGCAAGUAACAGUCCCAGACGUCUUUGCGAAAGUUAACUCGACCCAGUCCCCCUCUCGUUUCUGAAGUGGCGAAUUGAACGCCCUAUUAUUAUUUAGCAUUAUCUAAAGUAGAUUCCAAAACGAGUUUCAAUACAUUGUCAAAGUGCAAUCUGGUUACAUUUUUGCCCCUUUUUCUCUGUAUUUUCAGAUGUGAAGAUUACGGGCGAGAACAUGGCCAUGCAAACGGUUAAGUAUAGAAGCAAACAAAUUUAAAAGAGAUAUAUACAAUUUUGACGGUGUACAACAAAUAAUUGCUUCAAAAAGUGAAGCAGAAUGCUUUUUGUAUAAAGUGAAUGGUAGUCAGGCUUGGUACAGGAAUGACUAGAAGAACACAAGAAAAAAUUAAACUGAAUAGUGCAAAAAACUGUUUAUAACUCUUAUACAAUGUUAACCUCUAUUUAUAUCCAGUUUUGUAUCAUGAUCGUGCUUGUUACUUUGUUUUUUAUUGGCCGGUUUUAAUAAUUCAGAACAAAACUAACGUGUUCAUCGAUUAAGGCAAGUUAAUCAAGCAUAACGACCUGAGUUUUUAAUUUUUGCUGCUGAUAUGUAAAUCUUAUUUUUUUUUGUUAAAUGAUAGAUCAGUUCAACAAAUGUUUUUCCUUUCUAAUACACAAACGUCUAUGAGCAGCUUUUAAACUCAGAUUAUUAGCUAUAUACCUUUAGGUAGUUAACUUGUUCCCCUGGUUGUCAUUAAGUUACGUUGUCAAAAGUGACAUAAAAGAAACUUUAUAGUGAACAGUCUCGACCUCUGAAAUAUGAGAAUGGCAUAAAAUGAAAAAGACACUACUUCGACUUAGGCAGUACGUUUCAAACGAUUCGUUGGCGCUCUAUCUCGUGUCUACGCUCAUUAAAUUUCUUUCUUAUCCAAAGCGGUAGCAGUUCAUGUCGUGAACUACAGCAGUUUCUGGCGAGUCUGACUCUGUUCUGUGAUACUGGCUGCGACGCACCUAGACACCUCAUGCAAUAUGGGAAGGUUAACGCAAGGGGCCAUGGGAAGGAUCAGGUCAAAAAUGAGUCAGCGCGUCCCCUUCUUCACUCUCCCCAAGGUGCCUUGUGCGCUUCGAAAAUUCGUUCCCAAGCUUUCUCUGCCUGUGUACGAGGGAGUUAUUCCGGGGUCUUCGUUUAAACGGAAUUCUCAUAGCAGGGGUUAUAACGUCACCAAUACUCUUUGUAGUAUUAUUGUAACUUAAUUAAAAAAGGGGCAUUAACAUCAUCUAUUUUUGUCAUCUUUUUUAACAUGAGUAUGAUUCCAUUUAAAUGACGCUGACUAUGAAUUUUAAAAUUUCUAGACCAAACGAAUUUAAAGCUAUUAUACAGGGCUCGAAGUUAUCUUUUUAGUGCACUUGCAAAGUUUUGCUAGUAAGAUUUUUUCCACUAGCAAACUGGUGAGACCACAAGCAAAUUAUUUCCCUUUGUUUGGGAGACAUUGAUAAUUCUAACUAGCAAUCGUUUGCUAGUGGAUAUUUUUCUUACUCGCAGAUCAUCAAAAUCACUCGCAUUUUUUCGAGUUUGCGAGCGUUAAUUUCGAGCCCUGUUAUAUAGUCGACCUUAAAAAAAAUAUUAGUUUUUUGUCUAUAAUCUAAGCUUAUAAACAGUCGUAAUAAACCUUUUCGGAUAAAACUCUGUCAUAUUGUAACAUGUUAUGUUCACUUCAGUUCGGAGACACCGAUUCUGGCCGCUGGUCUUUAAACUGCCCUUCACCAGAGCCGUAAGUAAAUAUUACUGACAUUUUUAAAGACAGGUCUGACCGGUCUAAAUAUAACACAUUUAAAUUUUCCAUAUUUAUUUUAAAUUUUAUAGGCAUAGGUCAUUUCUAUUCUAUAAAUUAUUAUAAACGUUUGAUUGGGUCAUCUCCAAAAACGGGCGUUUGAUGAAUUAAUAUUUAGAUCAAUAUUCAAUUUUUUUCUAAACAUAACAUAAUUACAUGUCCCUAUGUUCGAAACUUUACUGUCUCAAGAUCCGGAUUAUUAAGACGGUUGAGUGCUUACUUUGCGAUUCAAUUUUUAGUUUACCUUUGCCGAAAACGUGGUUCUAAAUCUUACAAUAGCUACAAGCGCGAUAAAACCUGGUAAACAUUUGCGACCUGAAUUCGUUUCUAACCAGCCCCAAUGACAAAGUCAGUCAUAUUCAGACAAAAAACUGGAUUUGUAAUGUUUUUGUUUUUGUUUCUUUUUCAGGUUCCGAGACCUGGAUCACGUAAAACGAGCAUAAGAUCUACAAGAUCAUCAACAAGUGGACAUUGCAGAGUGGAAUUUGACUACGCAGAAGAAAAAACUCUUUUACGAAACAAAGUAGCCAGAAAAAAUAGCAGAAAUAGUGACACAAAAUCUUACUUACAAGUUUUGAAACCCAAGUUUUUGAAUUCUUGUAAUAUCGUAUAACCAGAUGCCUUGUCUGUUCAUUUAGUGAUCACGCUAUUAGUUUCAGUUUAUUUUGGACUUGCUGUGGACGACCUUUCUAAAUACAAUCAGUGUAUAAAUUAUCGGAGUCUCUAGCGUUAUCCUUUCCUGGGACCAGGUCACGCAUAUUAUAAGCAUUUGGAGCAGUUAUAAAAUAGCCCACGUUUGAUGUAUUAAAAUUCUAACAUGACUCCGAGGCGUUAGGGACAAUAUUGCAAAGUUUUCACGACUUCAUUGUCUCGCAGUUCCCAGAAGAGACUUGAGCACCAAGAAAACCAAACCAAAUAUAGAAAAAUGACUAGAAAGCCUCGGAGUCAUAUUAGAAUUUUCAAGGAUUGAACGUGGGCUAUUAGUCAUAGAGUAACCCAUUU